CAACUUUAACGUAGUAACCCAACGCCGCGAGACGCAAAUUAACAAAAUAAGGAACAGAAAAAUAACUGUUAUAUUUCAAUAAAAUCUUGACAAAAUGGCUGAUAGAUAUAAGAGAUACGAAAAGUCACUCGGUUUACUCACAACAAGAUUUGUAUCCCUACUGCAAAAGGCUAAAGAUGGGGUGCUAGAUUUAAAAAUUGCCACUGAGCUUUUGGCCGUUAGACAAAAAAGAAGGAUAUAUGAUAUUACUAAUGUUUUAGAAGGAAUUGGAUUAAUUGAAAAGAAAAGUAAAAAUAGCAUACAAUGGAAAGGUGUUGGCCCUGAUGGAAAGACUAGCAGUAUUGGCGAAAAAGUUACUUUGCUGCGCUGGCAAAUUGGAAAAUUAGAUGAACAUGAACAAUUACUUAAUAAGCAGUUGCACUGGAUUGAACAAAGUAUUAAAAAUGUCUUGGAUGAUACAGAUAAUCAAGCCCUGGCAUAUGUAACAGAAAAUGAUAUUAAAGAAUGCUUUGAAGAUGACAACCAAGUGUUAGUUUUAGAAGCAUCCCUAGGGGCAGAAUUUGCAGCCAGUACAGUGCCCAAUAAGGAGAAGGAGUCCAACUACAUCCUGCAUGUUAAGUCCCAAGAUCCAAUUGGGGUAAUAUUGCUGUGUGAUAAAGAAGAACUAAAGGACAUAGAAGAUGAUGCCAUGGAUACAGAGAUCCAGAAUACCAUGGAAAAUGACCUAGAUGUUACACAAUAUGCUAAUUUUUUGUUGCGGUUGAGUCCACCACCUUCUAAACACGAUUUUGCAUUUUCUCUUUGUGGUUCAGAAGGUUUAUGUGAUUUAUUUGAUAUUCCCUGUUAAGACACACUUUUGAACUUUUAUAUUUUUGUGUUGUUAUAGACAUUUAAA